CUUGAUUAUAUUACAAUUUACAAGUCCAUAUGACUUUUUACAUUCUUUAGAAUGAGUGAAUGACUUCCGCAGAUAAUAGUUUCAUAGCAUGACAUGAAUCAAUGAAUGACAGGUGUCGGGGAGAGAGCUAGGGGAACUUCUGGGGGCGAAUUUGUCCGGCCCGAUCGUGCCGUUAUCAGAUUCUAAUCAUCCCGCAAACGCCUGGACUGGUUUCCUAGACCUGAAACAAGAGGAGAGAGUUGCACUCUUGAAGAGGGCAGCGGCUUUUGAGGCACCCGUGGAUAGAGAGGGAGAGGGAUGGACAUGGCUGUUCAGAAAGCUGAUGAGUCCCUUGAUGAGCAACAAUGACGAUGCUACUGAUCCUUACAACCUCUAUGAAAGUAAGCCAGAUUUCAGCAAUGACUACGGGUGGAGCAUGGCUGUUGAUGAAAAUGAUUACUCUCCUCUCAAACUCCCCGACGUCACUGUUUACCUUGUCAAUCUUACUGCUGUAUGUAUUCUAUCCUCUUCACUCUUUUUUAGUGUGUUUAAGGUUAACUUGAAUGGAAUAGCUUUAGCCUUUAUCAUUUCAUAUUUGACUGCUAGGGAAUACCCUCACCUUGAAACACUUCGUCUAUAUCCUGCAAUUGUUUCAUUAUUGUAUAGUGUAGUUGUCAUUAUUGUGCAAUUGGUUAGUCUGUCAUGUACUCAUGUUCAUAAAAAUGUUUGUCAUUUUUGCUCAGACUCAAGAUUAUAUUGAUUUUGAUGGCAUAUUAGGACUUACUUGAACAACUUGGAUUUUAUCCUAAAAACAAUUUGGAUGUUACUCUGAUGUGUAGUUAUGUGUUAGAUGUAGACUUUAUAUGUUGGUUGCUUACUUUGAGUAGGAUUUUUAAAUUGUGUAGGGGUCAAUGAUGGCGCCGCAUAUCAACCCGAGAGCAACAGAGUACGGGGUUGUUCUUAGAGGAACGGGAGAGGUUCAAGUCGUGUUCCCCAACGGAACGCUCGCCAUGAAAGCCGAGGUGAAGGAGGGAGAUGUGUUUUUGGUGCCCCGGUUCUUCCCGUUCUGCCAGAUAGCGUCCCGGAAUGGUCCUUUCGAGUUCUUCGGCUUCACCACCUCGGCCAGGGACAACCAGCCCCAGUUCUUGGCAGGCGAAGGUUCGGUUAUGCAACUUCUGAGAGGGCGAGAGUUGGCAAAGGCUCUUGGGUUGAGCGAAAAGAGGCUCGGGGAGCUUCUUGACGCUCAAAGUUUUAGUACCAUAUUGCCCUCAGCCAAGGCUGCCCCGCCCAGGAUGAUAUGAUGCGAUGAGAAUGAAGGGUGUGUUGUUUGUGGUGUUUAUUAGAUGUUUGUGUUAUUUCAUCUUUGUUCAGUUGUGACCAGUGAAACAUAAGUCGAUCUUUUUAUUUCUUUAGAUAUCUUGAUUGUUUUUGUUGCUGUGUGAUCCCAUUUUCGAACUACUCUGCAGUCUGCACAUAUUUUAACUGUUGGUUUAGCGUUAAUCAAUAAGUAUGCAGGUGAACUUCAGAUAAAUAAAGUUAAUUUGAAAUGAAAACGGUAUUUGGGUAAUACUCCGAUCAAGUAAAAAACUCUUUUGGCAGAACCUGAACGUCUCGGACUCUUCCCAAGAAAGUCUUCCUUCUUGGUAGGCUUCUCUUAUCAAAUCCAGGACGCUAAGCAUGGAAACAGGAGCAGCUGCUUGGAAGGUCUUGGCGACGGCGGUGGAAACUGAACCAGUAGAUGUGUUUGUGUGUGAAGAGUGGUAGGAUCCGCUGUGCACGAGAGAAGGGUGGUUUCAACUUUCAAGAUCCAUCAUCAUUGCGAGCAUGGCGGAAGGCUCAUUUCAAGCUCCAUCGUCGCUGUAGGGCAUGGGAAAAGGGUCAUUUCAAGCCCCACCUUUGUCGCCGUUCCAUGUUCCACACACUGAUAAUUUGGUCACCAGGCGACCUGAUAAUUUG